AGUCUGUCUUUAUGAGUCCAGAAGCGGCGGAAGAGGCAUGAUUUUCUUACGUUGUUUGCUCUUUCAUUGUCAAAUCCAGUUUUAAUACGUCAAGAUUUCAAUUUAGACAUUUUUGUCUCUCUCUUAAUGCAUCUUACGCAUUUAUUUGCAAUAUAAACAUUUAUGUUAGCUUUAGCUAGGUAGCUUGGCUUUACUACUGUAUCUAAAAAAAUUGACGUAAAGCAAGAAGUUGGAAGUAAAAUCUUGAUAAACUGACCCAGGAAAUCUGUUCAAGAGGCCAGACUGCAUUUCUGUCGUCAAACUGAUCAAUCAGGACGGAAUCUGUCCCCGCGACAAAGACCAAACAAAGAGGACAUUCAUUCAAAUCUAUAUCAUUCCAUUUACACAAGGAGAACACAGCACAAAACAGGUUGACAUGAUGUUUCCACAAGCCAGGCACUCGGCAUCGUCUCAGUCGACACAGCCGCUCAAAUUCACCACGUCUGACUCUUGUGAUCGCAUCAAGGAUGAGUUUCAGUUCCUGCAGGCACAAUAUCACAGUCUUAAGUUGGAAUGUGAUAAACUUGCCAGUGAAAAAUCUGAAAUGCAGCGGCAUUAUAUUAUGUAUUAUGAGAUGUCAUAUGGACUCAACAUUGAAAUGCACAAACAGGCGGAGAUUGUGAAGCGAUUGAAUGGCAUCUGUGCUCAGGUGUUGCCCUACCUUUCUCAAGAGCACCAACAGCAGGUCCUGGGGGCAAUAGAUCGAGCUAAACAGGUCACCCCUCCUGAAAUGAACUCCAUCAUUAGGCAGCAGCUUCAGGUUCACCAGCUCUCUCAGCUCCAAGGUUUGGCGUUACCUAUGACCCCUCUGCCCCUUGGCUUGACCCCGCCCACCAUGCCCGCCGUCACCUCCAACUCCGGGCUCCUGUCGCUGUCCAGCAUCCUUGCGUCACACGCACAUCUCGCCAAGGACGACAAGAGCUCUCGUGACGGGGCCGACGGCCACCGCGACGAAGAUGGUGACAAAUCUGACUAGCGUUCGUAGAGACUCUUUGAUUCUGUGGUAUGAGUUCUUAUGUAUACUGUGAACCGUAUGCACAUUACCUGUAUGCAUAGAAUACUUGGAUGACUACUACUGUACAUUUGCCAGUGUGCAGUACACAACCAGAAGAACACAGUGCACCAAAUUCUACACCCUACAAUGUAAUGCGCUCGACUUGAUUGACUUAGUAUCCACUCUAAUAAAUGAACCAGAAGUAAUAUCAACUGUGAUUUUACGAUAUUUUUCUUGAUUAUUUGAUCAGACUGAUUAAAGUUAAGUACAGUUUUACUCAAGAUUGGAUUAAAAAUCAGUUACAGUGAGGCACUUACAAUGGAAGUCAAUGGGGCCAAAUCCGUAAACGUUAAAAUACUCACUGUUUCAAAAGUAUAGCCACAAGAUGUAAACAAUAUGCUUGUUAACUUGAUUUUAGUGUGAUUAAAUCGCUUACUAACCUUUUCUGUGUAUAUGCAAUUUUACAACUUGUUGCCAUGACGAUAUACUGUCAACAAACCCUGAAAACAACACUUUAAACAAGUCUACAGCUCAGAAUAAACAAGUUUUAAUAAAUAAUUAAUGCAAGUUCUUUUAUAAAAUAAUGAGCUUCACAUUUCUGCCUUUAAACCCUCCAAAAAUUGGCCCCAUUCACUUCUAUUGUAAGACCCUUUUUGCAACCACUUUUUCUUUAAUAAACGAGAGGCAAAUCGAGAUUGUUUUUUGUGGUAAUCAACAUAAUGCCACAAAUGAUGUCGAUUAAACUUAACUUUAAUUGAACACAGAAUAUUCCUUUUAAACAUGCAACACGAUUUAUUGUUUGACAUGUUUAUCGUAGUAUAUUGCAUGCUUUUUCACAUACUAAUUAAACAAAAAAAAAAACAGUAGGCAGUUUACAGUACAUACUGUGUAGUAUGCUAGUAUUCCAUUCUGAAUGUAGCCAAGUUGUUAAGACAAGACUACCUAUGGUUGUACAUAAGCACUGGUGCAUUGGGUAUUUUCUACUUGUGUGUUUCUGGACACUCAUGUCUUGUAUGUGUCCAGGAAGUAUUAGCGUGUGUCCCAUAAUUCCUUUAUUUUCAUUAUUUUUCAGCUCGCCAGUGCUAAUAUAUUCUAAGCAACGCUUGCUCGUAUGGGUCGUAUGCAUACUAAGAUCUGAUCUGGAUUGUAUACUAUCAUUAUAAUCUCUAAAUGAAAUUCUCGUGUGGUUUUUCUUUUUCCACUUGUGUUUUAUUUUAAUAUUUAGAUAUUUUUCUGUUUGAUUCACUUGAAUCACAAAACCAAUUUCCCAAAGAAAAAAAAAGUCGUAGAGUCGGAUAACACCCAAACAAAACAGUACAGACAAACGACAAGUGUGUGUGUGUGUGUGUGUGAGUGAGUGAUUGUAUGUACAAAUAUGUGUGCUGUUGCAAUGGGCCAGUUUAUAUACAUAUAAAUAUAUCAAUAUACAUAUAAUUUUGUAAACAUUUUUGUAUGUAUAAAGCUACAUUUAUGACGUAUGUGUUCCAGAGGACUUUCAGUGCAGUUCUAAAUUGCGAAUGCUGUGAUGUACAGAAGUCUAUAAUCAUUUACAUAAAUGAUCACACUACUGUUUUAAUUAGAUGCAUAUUCAUUGGUUGGUCUCAACUAGUUAUAGUUGCUAACGGAUAAACCUUCUGUUCACUCAUCUAAACAUCAGUGGAAAGGAACUUUUGACCCCAAAAUGUUACUUACACAAUUAAGUAAUAUUACGUUUUUUAGUCAGGUGCAACUUGUGCAUUUGAGCAUGAUGUGAAGGUGGAUCACAAUGUAUGCUCCACCCCUUUCUUGAAACUCCACCUCUUUCUCUAUAUAGCCCCUCCUUUACAUGGUGACAGUGCUUUUAACACAUUUGCAACAUUUUUAAGCUUUGUAGUAGUUAUUUUUAAAGACUGUGUGUGCGCGUGUGUGUGUGUGUUGUAUAACAAUGAUGUACUUGAUGGAAAUGUAUGGUGUUUGUGUUGAUGAAAACAGCUUUUAUUACUUCAUUUAAAGAAAAUUGUUGGAAGAAAAAGAUAAGGUUAAAAUGUGAAAACUUACUAUACCUGAAUGAGAGAUUGAGCAGUAAGGAAGUAUUUAUGGUGCCUUACAAAUAAAAGAUUCAUUCGACCUUUA